AUGGAUACAUUGGAACAAAUCAUCUCCUUGGGUAUGACUAUCUACACACAAUGUGAAAAGAUGAGAUACUGCAAGAGACAGUGUCAGCGUCUAGGGAAUCGGGUUCAUGGUCUGCUGGUGCCACUACAAAUGCUCCAGAACCAGGGAGCAACAGACCUGUCCACAAAAAUAAGCACCACCCUGAACCGUUUCCAGGCUGUCCUAAAGGAAGCAAAUAGUCAAAUAGAAAAGUUCAACAAAAAGUCUGAUCUCUGGAAGAUUGUAACAGCAGGGCAGGACAAAAUACUCUUCAGUGAGGUGAACAAAAAGUUGAGAGAUGUCUCAGAGGAGCUGUCACUGUUGCUUCAAGCAUAUCCACUGAUUUCAAGCAUCAGCCAAGAUACUGCCUGGCAACAGGAAGAUCAGCAGGAUGCAGAAGAAGACAGGCAAACAUCCCAAAUGCUGAGAAAUGAAGACAAAAUAAUAGAAGCUUCAUUGAGACGGCUGGAGAAGAAUAACAAAGAAAUCAUGGAAACCCUGAGACGCUAUUUACAGAAACCUGUGAGAGCAAUCCCACAAGAUCAAAUCAAGGAGAUUAAGAAGGAGGAGCUGUCAGGACGAGAAUGGGUCCUGUUAAAGAAAGGUGAAUUCAGCACUGUUUUUCGAGGAGAAUACCACCGAGCUCCAGUGUCCAUAAAAGUAUUCAACAACCCCCAGGCAGGAAGCACUGAAUUAGUGAGACAGACUUUCAACAGUGAGAUCAAAACCAUGAAGAAAUUUGAUUCUCCCAAUAUUCUGCGUAUAUUUGGGAUUUUCAUUGAUGAAACAGUGGGCAUACAGUGUUGUAGCUGGAACUCUUCCUGAAGUACCAUUUGGAGAACGCUCAAUAACUUAAAUAACAACUUCUGUCUGAUCAUCUGGCAAUGUUUUAAUACCCUCUACAUUUACAGUAAGGGUCUGAUGUGCUCCCAAAACUUUAUGCAAUGAUUCUACCAACUGCUCUUGCUGGCUUCUAAUAUCUGUUUCUUUUUUCUUGAAAACUAAAACCAUUAGCCCGU